AUGUCAGAUGAACACGAGCCAUCACUACUGGAAUAUGCAAGAUUCCACGGGAUAGCAAGUGACUUCACAUCAAUCAGGCCCUCGGAAUAUCUUGAUCAAAUCAAUGAAGUACCGCUCGAAAAUCCUACCUUACCUGAAGAUAGACACAAAGCAUUCGAUGAAUACCUCUUUAAUACCCAACAGUCCCUCGAGAAGACUAUUCGCGAAGAAAAACUCAACGUAAAGAAGGAUGGUGUCCGAUUUCUUUCAACUGUGAUCCGAGAUGUGAAGACCCAAACAUUUGAAUCCAACUCUGAGCAGCAAACAAAGGCAUUUCGCCGUAUAAACCAGCUUAGACUGGAGCCACCCAUCUUCAAUCUGGAACAUGAAACUAGUUUAGCAUCCCUUAGACCUCAAUCCUCGUACAAUACUGAGGAUGUGGAGUUGUUGCCUGUCGAGGAGCCCUUGGAGUUUCGCCCGGAGACUAUAGUCAAGACAGCAGAGGAGAUCAAGGCUUCAAACAGACGCCAGAAGGUGAACUGCAGCAAGCAAUCACUCGUGCUCCUACAAGAUGUCAUCAGACUGGGGAAUCCCUCUUUGGAAUAUCUGGAUGGUUUACUAGCCACGAUUCCUCGAAAGAUCCAUCCCACUCGAAUAGACCCCGAUGAUCUUGUUCCAAUGGGAACAGACGAUGCAGUAUAUAGAAGUCCUUCACCCCAGCGAGAAUUCCAGAUGCUACCCAGUCCUGCCUCGAUCGAGCUUUCUGCAAGUAUAGAGCAGCGACCUUCACGUCCAGAGUCAUCUGAUGCCGGUCUUACCACUCGAAUAUAUGGCUGCACACGAAGUACGCCAAAAUUUGAACUUGGCCAUGUGGCGCAGACGAAUCAAGACAACAGCACCAGUGAAAUAUGGAAUAAAUUGAAUUGUCAAGGUGCAGGAAAAACCAAUGAUGAAGACAUUUGCAUCUCCUCCUCGCUCCCUCAUGAUGGAUCACCGUGCACUUGCCUUGAAGAAGCGAGCCCAGGGGAAUCGAGCCACCUCGAGCAACGCCUGAGCGAGGGGAUAAAUGAACAUCUUCCUCGAACAAUAGAAAGCACGAGCCUUGACAGCACCGUCAGAGGAUUUGCAGACGAAGCUGCAGCAGAAGCAGACACACCAGCUAUAAACCCGUUAUCAACAAAUCAUCAAUCUCAUACCAUCGCCUGCGACUCUCUGCAUGGAGAUGAAGUAGAUCUGAAGGACGUAGAAUGUCCUGCUGGAUUAGACCCUUAUGGCUGUUCUUCAUGGUGCCUUAACAAAGAUACAUCAGAAGAUAUAUCGAUGAUUGAAAUGGUCACGGAGCAAUAUAAUCAGAAUACCUCAGAGCAGACUAUUAGUCAAAUGCAACCAUCUGCUCAAACUCGGGAGGGCGAGAAUGGCCGCGUCAAGGCCGUCGAUAGUGCUACAGCGUCAGUAAAUAACACCCUAUGCUUCGCAGGCAAGUUUUCCAUCGCAGACGAGCAGCCACUACCACAGAAGAAACGGAAACUUUGGGAUCCGGCUCGAAAUGAAGCAAGGAACAGUAUGAACCGAUCCCAGACUUCUCGCCCUGGUACUCAGCAACAGCAACCAGCACCACCAUCAUCCAUAUCACUAGGUUCGCUGGCUGCUUUCAUGGAGUUGAGGGGUCGCAGCGGUAAACGCCUUGUACCCACGCAGAGCCCUUAUUUCGCUGUGGAAAAAUCAAUCGAGACUGGAUCCAGCCCGUCACAUCAAACGAAAAUUGGCGCGAUCCCACGUUUACAACCAGACGAAUCAGACACCGUGGACAAAUCACCUGUCGAACCUCAAUUUGAGAAACCGAUGGGAGAACGACAUACUCUGUUCCUCUCAACUGCACUACUCAAGAGUCAUCUGCGACUCGUGCGUUGUCUCGAGGGAAUGAUAGACCCGCCAGGAAUUAUCUAUAGAGAUUAUAACCAGAAUGGCCCGAGCAAUCUGCCACAGAGCAAGCACAUAACCUCCUCGAUGAGCAACAAUGUCACACCACAAGAUGAAGCAGACAUCAUAAUCUCUCCAUCCACCGGGAUAAUUCUCACAACAUCACAAGCAACAACCCAACUAUACCUACCUGGGCAUAAGUUCAGUCAUCCACAACUGACCGGCAUCGGGUUCAUCAACUCUCCUCUUCGAGAACGCAUAUUUCUUCUCGCUCCGCGGUAUGAACGAAUCUACAUCUUCAUCUGCCAAAACACAAGCUCCUCUAGGAAGUCGCAGGCCAAGCAACCGGGCCCAACAGCGGAUAAGAGGGUGCUAGCAUCCAUCGCGUCAUUGACCGCGUUCUGCAACUCAUUGUCCGCUUACGCGACAAUCUGUCCACUCCUGCUAUCUUCCACCCCAGAGACUGUCGCUGGAUGGGUUCUCUCGCUUGCAACCAAGCAUAUGGCUCGACUUCCCGUAAGCACUGUGGGCCUUGCGAACUUCACACCGAUCAAUGCCAGCCAGAAAAGCAAGCUCAGCCCGGAAGACAUGGAGAGGACAACUGUCUGGGAACUCUUCCUUCGCCAGGCUGGGCUGAAUCCAUACGCUGCGCAGGCAGUCCUGGCGGGAAUGAGACGAGAAGAUGAACAAGAGAUCCAUUAUCAGCUCUGCACAGAUGAUGGGAGAAACGCGUGGGAUUCUGUGGAAAAGGGACAUGGAAAGGGCCUUUCCAGGUUCAUAGAGAUGUCACCGGCGCAAAGAAGCGAGAUCUUCGGUGAGCUGAUAGGUGGCAGACUGCUGGGGAGAGUCAACAAUAUUCUUGACAAGGAUUGGCAGUGCGACUGUGCCCUCAACUUUGAUGUCAAUACGGAAAUAUAA